GUUGAACUCAAGCGCCAGUGGAUGGAAUUUCGCUACUGUGACAAGAUCUAAUAACAAUUUAUUUUAGUUAUAAAAGGAAUAUGAUUUUGUGGAUAACACUCUUCGGAUUAAUGUGCAGAGCUUCAGCAGAUGAAAUUAGCUACCCAAUGUUACAGUUGCAGGAGGAUAUUGGGCAAUCCAAGAACUAUUGGCCGAAGUUGGUUCGGCAGGUUGACGCAGCGAAUCAGCUGCGAUUCUCGCCGAUUAUACAAGAGAUCAAAUACGAUGUGAUCAAGGUACUCAAAGAGGCAUUUCCCAAUAAGACAACAAACGUUGACUGCUUUGGCUCUCGAGUGGUAGGAGUUGGCAAUGAGAAUUCCGACCUAGACAUGUUUGCACAUAUUGAAUAUCCAGCACAAACGGCAGUUCAGCAGUUGUAUGCGACUGUUGACGUGCUUCACAAAAAAGCGAAUCAAACUUGGAAAAUAGUUAACACACUUGUCGAUACCAGAGUUCCCAUCAUAUGCCUGACCCACAUUCAAUCCAAGAUCAAAGUGGAUAUAAAUUUCUCUAAAGGAGCGGCUCCUGCGCGCGAUCUGCUUGUUAGUUAUAUGUUUGAUUUGCAGCCAAUUGGUCGCUAUAUGGUUCACUAUCUGCGGGACAGAACGAGAAGUCUUCUGCUAAGUUUUCAGCUGCGAAGUCAUUUGCACACUUUAAUGGUGAUUUAUUUCCUUCAAAUAUCACAGCUUUUGCCCCCAGUUAAAAACUUGCAACAAAAUUUAGUUCCGGACAUGGGGCCCGUAAUAACUAAAUUUAACAACCUUUCUCAUGUGGAAUUGGGAAUACAAAUGGUCGAUGUCAACCCGCAAACCAUACAAGACGCACUCCAGCAAUAUUUUAAUUUUUAUCAAACCUUCAACUACGAUAAAUAUACAAUAAGUCCAUACUAUGGAACAUGGAUAUCAAGAUCUGAGCUUAUAAACCUUUUGCCAAGAGGCUAUACACUGCGUGCCGUAGAUUGGAUGAGGCCUAUUUUGCUGCAGGACAUAAUCUACCUCAAUGAGAACAAUGCCGAUAGAAUAUCACUUGAGCAUCUAAAACGAUUUUUAUCCCUUUAAGUGUUAUGUUAAUAUUUAGA